GGGGCGCGCAGAGCCCGCGGAGCACAGGGGCGCGCAGAGCGCACAGGGGCGCGCAGAGCCCGCGGAGCACAGGGGCGCGCAGAGCGCAUAGGGACGCGCAGAGCCCGCAGGGCCCUCCGCCCCCCCGGCUGGCGGGGCGGUGCGCGGCGGCGGCGGCGGAGCCAUGCUCUCGAGGAAGGGGAUCAUCCCCGAGGAGUACGUGCUGACCCGGCUGGCCGAGGAUGUGCCGGAUCACGCCCGGUACCGCGCUCGGGAGAGGCGGGCGCGCUUCGUGGGCAAGAACGGCGCCUGCAAUGUGGCCCACAAGAACAUCCGCGAGCAGGGGCGCUUCCUGCAGGACGUCUUCACCACCCUGGUGGACCUCAAGUGGCCGCACACGCUGCUCAUCUUCACCAUGUCCUUCCUGUGCAGCUGGCUGCUCUUCGGCAUGGUCUGGUGGCUCAUCGCCUUCGCGCACGGGGACCUGGACCACAGCACCCGGCUGCAGCGGGACCCCGCCGAGGGGACGGCCGGGCCCGCGGCCGCCUUCGUGCCCUGCGUGACCAGCAUCCACUCCUUCACCUCCGCCUUCCUCUUCUCCAUCGAGGUGCAGGUGACCAUCGGCUUCGGGGGGCGCAUGGUGACGGAGGAGUGCCCGGCCGCCAUCCUGGUGCUGAUCGUGCAGAACAUCGUGGGGCUGGUGAUCAACGCCAUCAUGCUGGGCUGCAUCUUCAUGAAGACGUCGCAGGCGCACCGGCGGGCCGAGACCCUCAUCUUCAGCAAGCACGCGGUGAUCGCCCUGCGGGAGGGCCGGCUCUGCUUCAUGCUGCGGGUGGGCGACCUCCGCAAGAGCAUGAUCAUCAGUGCCACCAUCCGCAUGCAGGUGGUGAAGAAGACGGCCAGCCUGGAGGGCGAGGUGGUGCCCCUCAACCAGAUCGACAUCCAGAUGGAGAACCCCGUGGGGGGCAACAGCAUCUUCCUGGUCUCCCCGCUCAUCAUCUACCACGUGAUAGACAAGAACAGCCCCCUCUACGACAUCUCCCCCAUGAACCUGCACCACCACGAGGACCUGGAGAUCAUCGUCAUCUUGGAAGGGGUGGUGGAGACCACCGGCAUCACCACCCAGGCCAGAACCUCCUACCUGGCGGACGAAAUCCUCUGGGGCCAAAGGUUCGUGCCCAUCGUGGCGGAGGAAGACGGGCGGUACUCGGUGGACUACUCUAAAUUCGGCAACACGGUGAAAGUGCCCACGCCCUCGUGCACUGCCCGGCAGCUGGAGGAGGACAAGAGCAUCAUGGACACCAUGCCACUGUCCCCGAAAGGCACAAUUAGGAAAAGGUCUGUCAAGCUAAAGCCCAAGUUUACCAUAAGCGAAGAGCCUUCCUGAUGCCUUCUGACUGGGAAACUCUGUUAGGGCUUUGUGUCUGAAUGAUCUCAUGAACUCAAAACACUGAGGUGGCCUCUUACUUUUUUUUAAAAUUCAGGUUGGUAGCACAAGGUAUGUUCUGGUGUUAUUUAUUGUGGGGAAAUCUAAAGCUAAUUAUAUUUUUUUAAAGGUGUGAGAGAUUUCAAGCAGAACUGAGAGUGGGGAGAAUCAUGGUCUGCAGCUUUAAAUUUCAAUUCAGACUAUUUAAUCGCACGAUCAUUCUGCCUUGAUUCAACUGCAGGUAAUGACACAUUUUCUCAAAAAAUAGAUGUAUAUUUAUCAUCAGAGAUUGCAGGUUUUUUAGGGUCUUGCAGUGUUUGCAAGUCAGUAGUUUUUAACUGGUGGUUUUUUUUCCCAACUUGAACAAUCAAUAUAGCAAAAUAAAAAUAUUAAUAAUUAAUAAAGUAGGCUGGAUUUAAAUGAUAAAAAAAGAGUCAGGCAAUGACACAAGACCAGAUCUGGAAGUGUCUCUAUAUUAUACUGUAUGUCUCAAAGAAAUUAACUGCUGGAUUUGCAUCAUCCAUAUUGUGUUGUAUGGAGCCACUCCUACCACAUGCAGUAUGAAAUGUAUUUGAAUAUUUACUUUUGUUUAUUUUAAAAGCCUUUACACUUCCAAAAUAAAACAUUCAGGAAUA